AGCUAGUGAUAUAUAUAGUUUUUCUAUAAUUAUGUGGGAAUUUACAUCUGAAAUUCCACCAUUUAAUGAUAAAGCGCAUGAUCUUCAACUUGCCUUAAGUAUUUGUAAAGGUGAACGUCCUGAAAUUAUUGAAAAUACUCCACAAUGUUAUAUAGAUUUAAUGAAAAAAUACUGGGAUGAAGAUUCAUUAAAAAGGCCAUCUUCUAAAGAAGUUUAAAAUUGAAGGUAUUAAUGAAGAAUUAAAAAGCAAUAUUAUGGAAUUUAUAAAUGCACCAAUUGAGCAUAAUAAU